UUACAUUACAUAAUGAGAAAAGUAUGCACUGGAGGGAGCUGGAAAGCCAGCCAGGGGGAGCAAAAAGCUGCUUUGAAUUACAAAAAAAAGUGUGGAGGGGGGAGUCAGGAAGAAUGGACAUGAAAACGCUUUCAAAGUACUGUAUCUGAAAUGAUUUCAGCUUUUACAAGAAACGGUUGGUUGACGUAGCGCUGUUUAAGCACUAAAGUAAGUGCAUACUACUGCUAAACAAAUGGAAAAUCAAUAGGCUUGCCCUUGCCUUUUCUGACAAAAUUUAUAAAAGGAUCUUUUCUGGUGUUGCAUUUGAGAGGCGAGGGCUGCUCUAAGGGAAGCGGCUGCAGAUCUGAUGCAAUGAUGUUGUGGCUGGUUCUCCUUGCAUGCACUGUGCCCUGUGCUGCCAAUCAGCUUCCAAUGGACCAAGCAAAGCCAUUCAUGAGGUUAGGUUCAGCCCAAGUCAGCUGCAGUGUGGCUGGUUCUCGAGGCGCUGUGGGAUCUCCGGGUGUAACUGGAGCACCUGGAACAAUCGGAAGAAUGGGAUUUCCUGGAAAAGAUGGCGCGGAUGGUAAAGAUGGCCAAAAAGGAGAAAAGGGUGAUGAAGGUGCUAGAGGGAAGCCAGGAAUAUCAGGAAAACCAGGAGUGAACGGAAUAAGGGGAGCCAUUGGCAAGGCUGGUCCACGGGGGCCAAAAGGCUUUGCUGGUGAUCCUGGGACCCCAGGGGUGGAUGGACCUAAAGGUGGUGCUGGUGUGAGAGGAGAGCCUGGCAUUCCUGGAAUCUGUAAAUGUGGCAUGAAUCUGGCGAGAUGUGCCUUCUCUGUAGCCAUCACCCGCAGCUAUCCGAGAGAACGGAUGCCCAUCAAAUUUGACAAGAUCCUCCUGAAUGAAGGAGGCUUUUACAACUCGAGCAGCGGCAAGUUUAUAUGCGGCAUACCUGGGAUUUACUACUUCUCCUAUGACAUCACUCUGUCCAACAAGCACCUUGCGAUUGGGCUGGUGCACAACGGGCAGUAUCACAUCAGGACCUUCGACGCCAACACUGGGAACCACGAUGUGGCCUCUGCCUCCACCAUCAUUUACCUGAAAAGCCAGGACGAGGUUUGGCUCCAGAUCUUCUACUCGGAACAGAACGGCCUGUUUUACGACCCACACUGGGCAGACAGUCUGUUUACAGGCUUCCUCCUUUACGUUGAUCAGGACUAUCUCAAUGAAGUGGAAGCCCAGCAGUUUCUGUGAAGGACACAAAUAACUGUGUGUAGCACAUCCGGCCCCACAUGGUGGGCUGAUAGAAUAGAAGUUACAUUUUUCACAUACUUCAGCAGAAUCUCUCUCCAUCACUUUUUUAUACUGUAUAUGAAAGGGGCUACCGAGCCCCUUCCAACCCCUCUUCCUGCCCCCAAAUGUCUCAAUGAUACUUAGGACUGUGGAGUGUAGAGGACGAGUUUGAUUCCCAGGCAGGGUGCAACCGUAGGCAGGUUUUCUUACUG